AUGACAAGUGAAAGGUAUACCUGUUUGACGUGUUCUGAACAGUUUUCAGAAACUGGACAAAUUCAGAAACAUCUUUCGACAACUCGACACAAGUCAGUGCGAUUAGAAAGUUUGGAUGAGACUUUAGAAUGUGAAGAAUGUUCCGACAGUAAUAUUCAUCAGUUGUCCAUUGUCAGAUAUGGGUUUAACGAUAUGUCCUUAUUGUGUCAAAUCUGUCUUGAAAAGGAUAACAAGAAAACAGGCGAAACACCUAGUGCCAGUUACACGCUAUCAAAUGGGGCGUUUUUCAAUAAACUUCCUCAGUAUUUGAAAUUUAGAGACAUUGAGUGUAUGGAAUGUGGAGAUGAUUCCCAUUUGUCUGUCGCCAACACUUCUUCUGGGCAAUUAGUGAUUUGCCGUAAAUGUUUACCGAAAUAUGAAAGUGACAAUGUGAAAUUUAUAAGUGAAGAUAGGGACGAUUUUCUUUCUGAGUUAUUGGGGAUUAAGGAAGUGAUAAUUAAGAAAUCUUCAAGAAGAAGAAAAACUGGGAAGAAUGCUGGUGGAAAGAGAGGAAAAGCAGGAAGACGAGCAAGAAAGCCCGAUCCUGAGGCUGAGGCUAGAAAAGCUCAUUAUUUACAAUCUAAGCAAACAGCAAAGGAUAUUAAAUCCGGUACUACAGUCAAAGCUAUAGGAUCAAAUGGUCAAGCUAACAAUAAAACAAAAACUGGUACAAAACCUAGCUCAAAACCAGUAUCGAGAUUUAGUAAAAGCCCGAAUACUAGUGGUAAAUCAACUCCUAAACCUGGUAAGAGUCCAGCAAACAGUGGCAAGUCAACCCCACGCUUUGGUAAGAGUCCGUCUGUGAGUGGCAAGUCAACUCCAAAAUCAAUUCAAAGUCCAUCAGUAAGUGGUACUUCCACCCCAGCUAGAUCCUCGACUCCUGUAAACAACACCAAAACUAAAUCAAAACCAGAUAAUAAAACCAAGAACAAAACUGUUAAUGGCAAACUUGAAAAUGUAUCUGGUACCAAGUCAAAACCAAACGCCAAUAAAAAGAGUCCUAUAGAAAAAGCUGAAAAUAAACCUAAGGUGAAAGACACAAAUAAAUUGUCUCCAAAAGAAUCAACAGGACUGACUUCCAUCAAGUCUGGUUCUAAAAAAUUGUCUGAAAAAGAUAAAACAAAAAAUAUUUUAUCAAAAACAGAUAAAAAGCAAAAACCAGCAUCAAAAGCCAAUGUUCCUCAUUCUAAUAGCAAGACAAAAUCUGUAUCUAACCCACAGUCUAGUAACAAAAAACCGGGACCAAAUAUACCGUCUUCAGAAGAAAGUUCACUUGUGCUUCCUCCUUAUAUUACAAGGUUUCAUCCAUCAGAAAAACCAAGACUUACCUAUGAUUCCAUGAAUGAAUAUUUCAAAGAGAUAAGUUUCAAUGUCUUUUUAGAGGAUCAAUUAAACAAUGAACUGAAUAUUAUUGAUUCAAGUAACUUUACAAUAUCUUGGUAUGAAGAUCAAGAUAAAAAGAACAAUCAAUUUCAAUUACAAAUCCCCAUGCGUCCAGAAAUCAUUGAUAAGUUUUUAUCACAAAAAUUAAAGAAAUUUAAAAAGAAUCCAUUUCUGGUAGAUCAAGCAAUUUUUUUAAUUUUAGAUGAUGAAAUAAUGUGGUCAGGUUAUAUAGCAACGGUUGAUGAAGUUGCUAGUAAAAAAGGUAGAAGAGUUAAAAAAGAUGUUAUUGAAUUAAUUAUUAUGUUACAUCCUUGGUCUCAAGCAUUACCAAGAACUGUUCAUGUAUCUAAUUUGAAAAUUUUACCAGCUUCACAACCAGUUACUAGAGUAUUGAAUGCUAUGAAAACUAUCAAUAAUGCAAGUUUCACUAAAAUGUUGUUGGGUAAAGAACCAAUAAAACAAAUUGAUUUUAAGAAUUUUUUGAAAUUCCAAGGAGAAAACUUGAAUGAAUCUCAGAAAAAGGGGGUACAAUCAGUUCUUAAUAAUUCCAUCACUGUAUUACAAGGUCCUCCUGGUACUGGUAAAACAUCAACAAUUUAUGAAAUCAUAUUACAAUUACUUGAUUCAUUAAACACUUAUCCUAUUCUUGUGGUGGCAGCAUCUAACAUUGCUAUUGACAAUAUAGCAGAAAAGUUAAUGACAAAACAUGGGAAAGAUAUUUUAAGAAUAACUGCCGGUGAAAAGGAACGUGACUAUAAUAGGUCACAUCCAUUGGCGUCGAUUUGUUUACAUCAUAAAAUGUAUGAUGCUAUGCCGAUGAAGUAUCAACAAGUUUUGGAUGAAAUGAAACGAGGUAUGGCUCCAUCAAUUGGAACUACUGCUUAUAAAAAAUUUGCUCAGGAAAGAUUUUUUUUGUCGAACCAAAUUGUUACCCAAGCCAAAGUUGUAUUAGCAACACCUGUAGUGGCUGGUGGAAUCAAAUCAUUGAAUAAUGUUAGGGUUGUCAUUAUUGAUGAAGCAACUCAAUCAUCUGAACCAACGACUUUAAUCCCAUUAGCUUUACCAUCAGUAGAGAAAUUAGUGUUAGUUGGGGAUCAAAAACAAUUGAGUUGUUUUUCAUUGAUUCCAAACUUGUCCUUGUCUUUGUUUGAAAGAGUUUUAUUAAAUGGCACUUACAAGACACCACAUAUGUUGGAUACCCAAUAUCGUAUGCACCCAGAAAUUAGUGAAUUCCCACGUACAAAAUUCUAUGGUGGGUUAUUAAAAGAUGGUAUUGAUGCAAGUGCAAGACAACUGGAAGGAGUUAUCUCUAGUCCACUUUACUUUUGGGAUACCAAGGGAAAUGCCCGAGAACAAUCAGUUAGAAAUUUUCUUCAUGAAGAUGGAGGGUAUACUUAUACAAAUCGUGAUGAGAUUGGUUAUAUUCAACAAGUAUUACGAACAUUAAUAAUAACAAAAGGAGUCAACCCGGAACAAAUAGGUAUAAUAACACCGUAUUCGGGACAACGUGAUUUGAUCUCAGCAACUUUAGUGAAGGAUGAUGUAAUUAAUCCUAGUAAUGAACAAAUGAAAACUGAAGUUGAUAUUGAUGAUUUAAAGAAUGAUUCGAAACCAGUUACAAUCCAUAUAGUUUCUGGAAUUAUGAUUGCAUCUAUUGAUGCCUUCCAAGGUAGAGAAAAAGACUAUAUGAUUAUGUCAUGUGUUAGAUCAAAUGCCAAGGGGGUGAUUGGGUUCUUGAGAGAUGAAAGAAGAUUAAAUGUGGCGCUUACUAGGGCCAAAUAUGGAUUAAUAAUGGUAGGAGAUAGAAAGUGUUUGCAAAAUGGAGACAAAUUAUGGAAGGAAUACUUGCAGUAUUUGGAUUCCAAAAAAGCUAUACAUGACAAUGAUACUUUUGGUGAAUAG